CAGCACCAGACACCAGCGACGGCUGGAACGGGACUAUGUGAACCUCAGCUAAAUACUGCACGUUUACACAGCCGUGAUCGGGACGUUAUCCGCAUCGUUCACAAAACUAGCCUUUCAACUAACUGAUGGCGUCUGUUGGUGCUCAGGAGCUGUGAAUCAUGGGACGCAGCUGUGAGGAGAAGAGAAAGAGCCCUCACUAGAACACUCCUCCAUCGCCCCCAAUGGCUGACCACGUGGACCUCCCGAGCGAUCUGCUGUACCUGGAGAAGGUGCCCAGCCUGGAGCGCCUGCGGAACGCCCAGAAACGACGCAACCAGCAGCUGAAGAAAUGGGCCCAGUACGAGAAGGAGAUGCAGAGCAAGAAGCGCAAGGCGGACAGGAAGAGGAACGCCCCGCCACCCCCCCGCAAGAGGGUUUCCUUCACAGCCAGCGUGGCCCUGCUGGAGGCUUCAACCAGGAGCGACGCUGAAGAAGGUACAGGGCUUGAGACCAGACAUGAUACACACACACACACACACACACACAAGCGCACUCAUAAAAACUCCAAACCCAUGCCCAGUUCCAAAGGUGCCUGGGGCCGGAGGUGA